AUGACUGAGCGUUUUUUUCCAAAUACAUUUCCGGAGUAUAAUGGAGAACAAUAUCUCAAUCAACAGAAUCAAUUGAACUCAGAACUCGGUGCGAAUAUUCUUCGAUGGAUUGAACACCACACGCAACGACUCGAACAAAAUCUGAGCCGGACUGAUCCAUCAGAUGGUUCAGUUUACACUGGCAGUGCAGGAAUUGCAUUGCUCUACAUAAGACUGGCGUCACUUUUUCCGGAUCAAAAAGCUCAAUACUUGUCAAAGGCAAAGACAUCGAUCGAUGCAGCAUUACGACAAUUGGAUCAACAUACAGUCACGUUUCUAUGUGGCGCUCCAGGACCGCUAGCAAUAGCAGCAGUCAUUUAUUCCAGCCUUGAUGACCAGCAUAUGGUGACCAAAUGUAUUGAAAAAAUUUUGUCGAUGAAAAAACAGGCUAUGAGUCGUUCAACCCCAGACGAACAUUUAUAUGGUCGAGCUGGUUAUCUUUAUACAUUAAUGUACCUUCGACGGGAGCUCGGUCAUCAUGCUGUCGAUAAUCAACACGUUACUGAUAUCUUCGAAGCUAUGAUCAAAUCAGGAGAGAACUAUGCACGAAAAACACGUUCGCAAUCACCAUUGAUGUACAGUUGGCACAAUACUGAAUAUAUGGGAGCAGCACAUGGCGUGUCUGGAAUAGUCUAUCUUCUUCUCAAAGUUACACAACACGAAUCAUUUGCGCAUCUUCGUCCAUACGUUCAUUCGCAUUUAAUUCCAACAAUUGAAUUCCUCAAAUCACUACGCUUUCCAAGCGGUAAUUAUAUGUCAUCUAGUGACAGUAAAUCAGACAAACUCGUCCAAUGGUGUCAUGGAGCACCGGGUUUCGUUUAUUUAUUUGUUCGAGCAUACCAAGUGACAGGAGAUGGUUCGUAUCUCGAAUUAGCCGUAUCCGCAGGUGAUGCCAUUUGGCAACGCGGAAUUUUAACAAAAGGUUAUGGUAUUUGCCAUGGUACAGCUGGCAAUGGCUAUGUGUUUCUCAAUUUAUAUCAUGCAACAAAUGAUCUGAAAUGGCUUCAUCGCGCAAUACAAUUUGCGAACUUUUGCUUCGACUAUGGAAAACAUAAUAUAUCAAGAACACCCGAUUCACCAUAUUCUCUCUUCGAAGGUUUAGCAGGAACAAUCUAUUAUAUGGCUGAUGUUUUAACUCCGUCUCAUGCUCGUUUCCCUGCAUUUGAAUAA